CUAGCACGGCACCCAAGCUCACCCUCCACCUUGCCUGGCCUAUCGCCGCACCUUCUUCACCGCGGGCCGCCGCGAUAACUAACUUCCGCCGCUGGCGCACCAUCGUGGAUUAGGGUUACACGCGGCCGCGCUACGAAGUUCCGCCCCAAGACAUCAUGAUCGUGUCGCGGCCUCACCGCCGGCGAGCGAUACUCGCCCGUGGCAUCGCAUUAGUGGUUCUGAUCAUUGCGUGCCACGUGCCCGCCAGCGUGGACUGCCAGCUCAGCACGUCCCCGCGGACACCACGCGGCGCAAUAGCGUCGCGGCGCGAUGUGUUCGGCCCGACGCGGAAGCUUUUGCUCGAUGCCCUCGAUGCCUCGGGGCACUCCGGCUUUAAGGCGCUCCUAGAAAAAUCAGGGUCUCUAAGCGCCAUUGGCGGCGCGCUUGACGGCGCGCCAUUCUCGGUUUUCGCCCCCUCGGACAAAUCUCUGAUCUGGCUACCGCCCGCGCUUCUCGCCAGCUUACAGAAUCCGUCCAACGUUGCGACUCUCCGUCAAGUCUUGACGUACCAUUUCGUUCGCGAAAAGAUCUCCCGUUUCGCGUGGGAGGGGCCGUGGCGGAGCGUGCAAGGCGAGGACGUCGUGCUGCACGCGGAUGGGGCGAACUUCACUGUAUCGGAUAUGCCUAUAUCGAAGUACGCCGCUGCAUAUACGGCGCGCUUCGUGUUGCACACAACGGACGGGCUCCUCUUUCCCCCCAGCCUCCGUGCGCGGCUCACUGGCGCGGGGGGCGCGACGGGGGGAGCGCCUCAGCUGGCGGAGGUUCCGCCAGUGGCGGUGCAAGGGGAGGGGUCGGGGGAAGGAGGGGGUAGCGGAGCGAGUGGCGGAGUUGACGACAACGAGGAGUACGAGGAGGACUAUGAGGAGGACGUGUGGCGGCGGGAGGCGCUCCAAGCGUAUGACGUGUUCUACCUCUACGCCCCGGCUCCCGCACCGUCCAUGCCGUUGGCACUGCCACCUCCGUCGACGUCUCUCUCAGCAGGAGCCAUCGCAGGGAUUGUGAUCGGGUGCGUGGCGGGAGUAGCCCUGGCUGCAGCGCUGCUCUACUACCUGCUCGUUGCCCGGCACUGAAAGGACCACAGGGAGGACAAUACGAAGGCCCUGUCAGACCCAGAGGAAGCAGCAGCGCGGCGAGAAAAGGGGCUCGCGCGGCGCGCGUGGAGCCAGCAGUGAGCUAGAGGCCAGCGGCGAGCUAGGGGCCAGCGGGCGAGCUAGGGACUAGGGUGGAAGCUUUGUGCCAUGGCUAGCAGAGGCCAUCACUGCGAGACAGGGCCGCACGGCAAGCGCAGGCCGUCGCGGCAGGCUACGGUGGCGCGACAAGACUAGGGCAAAGCGGCGGGACGGAGCCGGCAUGGCGUGACCUACCAUCUCAGAGUAGCAAAGUGAACUAAGCAAGGGCAUACAGGGUGUUCUAUGAGUUGUGCAUUGUACUUCCUAAGAGCACAUACCUGUCUAGCCUGUAACUGAACAUACAUUACAAAUGUAUCAGUUGACAAAAAUGUCGUGAAUCCGGAAUAAAAAUCAAGAUCAAUG